AUGUCUCAACGCACGCCAGCCGGCCAUCCUUCCUCUAUUUCUCACGCAAACCGUCCUGAUAAUACUCAACCCCCCCUACCCUCCGGUUCUCCCCUCGAAAUUCGUCACGCGCAGGAAGCAUACUCCCAAAGUUGGGACAGUGUUGAUGAGUAUUCGGACCAACCCUCUGAAGAGAACUACAACCUCAGAGCGAAGGGAAGAUAUACCGAUUUGCAUGAAAACGGCGAUCAGAAGCAACAGGGCGGCGAGAGUGCAGAGUGGGAGGACGAGCAUGACGAGCAUACCGAGCAUGGCAACUCUACAAACAUCUUCGCGGCCAUCUUCGCUGCCCUUUUCUAUGCCCGCGCACUUUAUACAACCAUAUGCGAUACCUACCUUAAUCGGACAUUCGCUGCCCUCUUCGCAUUCCGCCUAUUCAAUGCGUACGUCCUCCGGACGUUUUUCCAACCCGAUGAGUUCUUCCAAUCGUUAGAGCCCGCCUGGGCAGCUGCCUUUGGGGAAGACAAGGGGGCCUGGUUGACAUGGGAAUGGACACAUCGAUUACGAUCCUCUAUACACCCUCUCUACUUUGCUAUGUUUUAUAGACUUGUAUCAACGCUUUCAACUUGCCUUAAUCUACCCGACCCAGUGCGUGCAUCGCUCUUGAUCGCUACCCCAAAGGUUGUUCAAGCUCAUUUCGCCGCUCUUGGCGACUUCUACACGUUCAAAUUGGCGCAGCGGAUCUACGGGUACGACUCGCGGGGGGAAAAGGCUGUGCUCUGGGCAACUGUGCUCAGUCCAUGGCAGUGGUUCUGUUCCACUCGGACUUUCUCCAACUGCUUAGAAACCACCCUCACGGUUAUGGCGCUGAACUAUUGGCCUUGGAGAUGGGCAACAUGGACACCCGUGCCAAACAACCCGGCACUUAUUCGGUCAGAAGAACCGUCCUCAAUGAAUUCCAUCUUGAGCUCAGUCCUCGGUCACAGCAAGAUCAAUCGGGGCUCGGCAUUUCGACUGGAGGGCAAGCGCAGUUCGAAGCCUCCGAUGAAGUGGACACUACACACCCUUCACCCGAACGCCCUACUAUAUUUGAUGGAUUCUCCGCAACCCAAGAACAAGGAGUGGGGCGUAUAUAUGAUUCCCCAGAGCUACACGCAGGUCAGCCGGCUCUCAUACUUCGACAGUCUUCGUGUAUGUUUGGUGUUGGCGGCUCUUGCGACUCUACUGCGCCCAACCAACGUCAUAAUCUGGCUUAUCCUGGGUGGGAAUGCUUUCUUGCAUGCGACGUUGGCUCAACGUAUGAUCCUUGUGCGCGAGGCGAUUUUUUGCGGAGGCUUGAUGUUAGCUGUUUCCAUCUUUGCUGACCGCAGCUUUUACGGGUUCUGGACAUUCCCUCCGCUCAACUUUCUCUAUUUUAAUAUUGCACAGUCAUUAGCAGUCUUCUAUGGGAUGAACAGGCCAGACUAUUACCUGACCGAGGGUUAUCCGCUGCUGCUUACUACUCUUUUCCCGUUCGCCCUCUACGGCAUGUUCAGUACCUUGAAGAACCGGAGAUUGACACCGUCAUUGCACGAUAGGUGGCAGACAGCAACCCGUGUGCAGCUAGCAGUGGUUUGCAUCGCGAUGCCAUUAAUGCUCUCUCUUAUUACUCAUAAGGAAGUACGCUUCAUCUACCCUCUGCUACCGUGUCUCCAUGUGCUCGCCGCAGUGCCAUUAGUCCAAUGGUUUGCCCCAGCAGUUUACUAUGGGGGCUCGCGAACCUGGCCUAGAGUCCUCACGAUGAACUUCAUGAUAUUGGUCAAUGUUGUCAUUGCUGUAUACGUCUCUAUAUACCAUGGCUCGGGGGUGAUAAGCGUAUUAGAUUAUCUCCGACAGCGCCAAGAAGUGAACAUUGCCAAAUUCGACGACCUGAAGAGCCGCUCACCAGGAAGUGGAUCGAUCCCCGGCCUGAACAUGACAGCAGGCUUCCUCAUGCCAUGCCAUAGCACCCCAUGGCGCUCACACAUGGUUUAUCCAUCCAUCCACGCCUGGGCCCUAACCUGCGAACCGCCCAUCAACAUGAACGCGGCCGAAAAGGCCAUUUACCGCGACGAAGCCGACCAAUUCUACGACAACCCCGAAAUUUUCCUCGCAACCCACAUGGUCGGCGGUCUCCGCCACAUUCCCCGCCGUCCAAGUUACACCCCAGGCUCCCGCUCCCUCUCCCCACCAUCUGCAAGCAGAAAACCCUACGUCCACGAGUGGCCCGACUACCUAGUCUUCUUCCAGCAACUCGAACCAACCCUCAAGCCCCUCCUUCGCGGCUCCAACUACGGCGAAUGCAACCGCAUCUACAACUCUGCCUGGCACGACGACUGGCGCCGCCGCGGCGAUGUCGUCGUUUGGUGCCUGGAUCGGCAAGAGAAGAACGCCUGGCGCAAAGAAAUCCAGCGCCGAACAGAGGCAAAGCGCGACGCACACUUUGACCGCGUCAUGUCCGCCAUCGCAAAUCGGGAGAGCGGCUGGGGUAAGCUCGUGCCGUGGCACCAAGAGCCGUUUGCGAGCAUCCUGCAUUUCUGGCGCGAGGCGGUCAUACCGUUUCUCCACGUUAUGCGGUUCUUUCUCACGCCUUUCACGCUCUUCGGGAAGGCCGUUUAUCAGGGCAUUCUGAGCUGGCUGUUGAGGGCGAGGAGCUGGGUCCGUGGGCUGAUAUCUUUGCCGCAAACUUGCGGCUAUGGACCUUGGCGGAGUCGGAACAAAUAUGAUAUCGUGAUGCAUCAUUUUGGAGCUAAGUGUCCUUCUCUGUGGCAGAUGAGCCGACGCAAGAUUGGUGAGAAGAUAUAUGGUGCUCAGAAGUGGAUUGUGGAGCGGUUCCACAUCGAUGAGGCUUUUGUGGUCGGGGAUCCUAGGUUACGGCACUAG